CUCUGUUUCAGGGUCCACAUAUCACAGCUUUGCUUGCUAUCAAUCCCAUAAACCUCAUAAAUCUUGUCAGCUUGCAGUGAAAGCAGCUAGUUACUGCUUCACCCUGAACCUGGUUAGCUAGCUGAGCGACCAGCGCAUCGAGCAUUUUAGACUCCAAACAUAUCCCUCGUCAUUGCCCAGUCUACACUACACCACGUGGAGCACCGCCCAGAACCCAGCAACCAGAGCAGGCCACGCGCACGCAAGGCUUGUUCGUAUACACAGUGUUCAUCCCUUCUGCUGUUCCUGACGCUAGACAAGCAUGGCCACAACCGAAGCCGCGUCGAGACCCCAUGGUACGUCUUUGUACAUGCUGCACAGCCAUUGCCGCGCCAAACAUAGCUCGUGAUUUCUUUCUUAUCUUCUUGUUUACACCCCUCCCACAUCCACAACUCGAACCCUACUAAUGCGCGGUUUGAAAGACCGGCAGACCACCCGCAAGCGGCCCUUUGCGGGCUGGAUGAGACGGCUUGCGAACCUCAAGCCCUCGUCUUCAGAUAAUCAGAACGGCACUGGAAAGAAGAGCAAUGGUGCUGCAAAGAAGGCUUCUGCGAAGAACAACCCAUACCCAGAGUCCGGCCACAUCAAUCCGGAUGCGCCGGGUCGCCUCUCCUAUUCGACGCCCGACACGCCGCAAUCUCACGAGAGCUUUACAUCGGCCGAAGAGGCCGCAGCCGCACAACAGCGCCAACAUGCUAAGAGCACGAGAUCCAAUGCGCCAACCGUGGCGACUAUGCCAGAGACAGUGCACUCCCAGCGGUCAAAGGCAGAGACAGGGAACACCAAUCAGAAUGGCGGCAGUACUUUCUCGUCGCCCAAUGGGUCAGAGCACUCUCUCACCACCACAUUGACAACCAUACAGUCCAGCGCACCCUCACAUAUCCUGGGCGCAGGCCAGACAACCCAGCCCGCUGCGACAACGAGUGCCCCGCCCGUGCACUUCUCCCACCAAUUCCCCACCUCCCCUCCACCAUCGGCCAUUCCGCCUCAUCUGGCCCCUCAGCAGGGUCCCCACUCCUACCAUGCUGCGACAGCGAACAACGUGCUCACAGACGACGCCUCCAUCUUGACACUCGCAUCGUCCUCGAAACGUCGCCGGCGCAACUCCCUCGACACGAACGCCUCGGUGCGUGCAAUGGCGCCCUCGUCGCAUUAUGGAGGCAGUCGCGAGUCGUUACCGCUCAGUGUUCUGUCUGGCAAUGUGGACACCAUAUACUCAGCCUCAAACAGGCCUAGCAACGUCAAUGGUCUCUCGAAUGCCAAUGCAGAGCGGGCGAGCGUCUACUCUGUAUCUGGCGCAACAGCUCCAGUCCUGAGCAGUGAGCGCAACAGCUACUACGCAAACAAACAGGCCGACGGGCUCAGUGUACGAAGUGGACUGCUAGGUCAUGGCCGCACAGAUAGUAUCAGCAGCAUCAGGGCUAUGCACACCGCCAGCCCCCUAACAAGCCCCCGUGAUCCUCCUCUGGCCACAAAGCUGAGCCGACGAAGCUCUGAAUGGAUUCCAGAUGCUGGAGAAGCGAGUGACGAAGAUGAGGAAGAAACACCUGCAGCAUCCAUGCUCAAGGAGGAAGAGGAAGAAGAGAAGGAAGUCGGAAGGCCGCUUCGAUAAUAAUUACAUCGAAGCCUAUAUGACAGGCGUUUGCGAGGA